AUGGCGCAGUCGGUGGAGGGGGUGUCGGGGCAGUUGGGUGAGAUGCUGAAGCAGUUUGCGGGCUUUCAGCAGAUGUUGAAGAGCACGAUGGAUUCGUUGGAGGCCAUCGGGACUUGGCAGUCGACCGCGGAUCAAGCGUUCGACGAUUUGCGUGAGAAGGCGCAGAGUUCGUCGACGGCGCUGGAAGAGGUGACCAAGCGGGUGGAGCUCGCGGCGACUCGAGUGGAGGCGUUGGAGGCAAGAGUUGCGGCACCUGCGGAUCCACCUCCGAUUCAUCCGAAUCCGGUGUUGGGGACCCUCGACCUCAACACGGCUCCCAGGACGUCCUCGGGCUCAUCUUCGAGGGACGGGGAGCGGGCCAAGGGCCACGGCGAUGACUGCGGCGGAGUCCUCGGACACCGGCCGCAGUACGACAAUAAGGGUAAGCAACAUGCUAGUCCGAUGAUUUCACCUAUGGACGAUGUUGUUCAUUCUGGUUUUCGUUCCCCUCCUUUUCCCAAAUUGGAGUUUCCGAAAUUUGACGGCGAAUUUCCUCGUGCAUGGCGGGAUGAAUGUGAAAUGUUCUUUGAGGUGUAUGCGGUACAUCCGUCGCUGAAGACGAGGAUGGCGGCUCUGAACUUCCAAGGGGUGGCAAAAACUUGGUUGCAGACUGUGCAACGAUCAGGCCGUAUUCUGGAGUGGGACAAGUUGUGUGAUCUGGUGAUGAGUCGCUUUGACAGAAACCAGUAUCAGUUGCUGCUCAAGAAGUUGGAAGCUCUGAAACAGAAUGGGUCAGUGGAGGAUUAUCAGGCUGAAUUCGAGAAGUUGGCGCAUGGAAUCCUGCUGUACAACAAUGGGUAUGAUGAAACGUACUUUGUGACUCGGUUUGUGGCAGGGUUGAAGGAGGACAUUCGUUCGGUGAUCUCUCUGCAUCGUCCAAAGGAUGUGGAUACUGCUAGUGCUUUGGCAUUGCUCCAGGAAGAGGAGUUGAGUAAAAGCCGAGGUCGGAACUCAGGAAAGGAUUUUCACAAAGGUGGGGUUAGGAGUUUGGGAGAAAGACCGAGAUCAACAGAGUCAGAAACCCUGAGACAGAAAGGGGACGACAAGUUGGCAACUCUGAAGGAUUAUCGAAGGAAGAACGGGCUGUGUUUCAAAUGUGGUGAAAAGUGGGGCCCGGGUCACAAAUGUCCUACUCAAGUAUCCUUGCAUGUCAUUGAAGAGUUGCUGGAUGCUCUGGAAUUUGAGGUGGACGAGCAAGGGUCGCAGGAUGUGGAGGAGGUUGAAGAGGUGGUUCUGGCAGUUGGACAGGAGUUGGAAACUAACCCUGUCAAGAGGAGAACAAUGAAAAUCUGUGGAAGAAUUGGUAAAAAUGAUGUGCUCAUACUGAUUGAUUCUGGUAGCAUUGGAACUUUUAUCAGUGAUCAACUUGCUUCUAAAGUUGGGGAUGCCAGAACAUCUUGCCCUGUGACCAAGUAUGUUGCUGCAGAUGGGAGUCCUAUGCUCUGUCAGGAGAGGAUUGACAAACUACAGUGGCAGGCUCAGGGUCAUACUUUUCAGUCUUCAGUGGGAAUUCUACCUCUAAAAUGUUUUGAUAUGAUUCUGGGACAGGAUUGGCUGGAGUCAUGUAGUCCAAUGUGGGUGCAUUGGUCCAAGAAGUUGAUGAGAUUCACUUAUCAAGGGAAGAGGAUAACAUUGCAGGGUUUAUUGUCUGAUGUGGUUCAGUGCCCUCCAAUAAAGAGCAAUAAGUUGCAAGGCUUACUGAAUAGGCAAGCCUGUACUCACUUGGUUCAGCUUUCUUAUCAAGACAGUGUGACUGCAGUGGGUAACAGUGAAGUCAUAGCAGCGGUGCAAGAGAGUCAGAUUCCACCGGAAGUGCAACAGCUGAUAACAGAAUUUUCUGACAUUUUCCAGACGCCUACUGCACUUCCACCAUCCAGGCCUUUUGAUCACAAAAUACAACUCAUGCCGGGGGCUCAACCUGUUAACAUUAGGCCUUACAGAUACCCUCCAGUUCAAAAGGAUGAGAUUGAGAAACAAUUAAAGGAAAUGUUAAGUAGUGGAAUCAUUCAGCACAGCACUAGUCCUUAUGCUUCUCCUGUGUUGUUGGUAAGGAAGAAGGAUGGCUCAUGGAGGUUCUGUGUUGAUUACAGACAUCUUAAUGCUCAAACAGUGAAAAACAAACAUCCCAUGCCAGUGGUGGAGGAGUUGAUUGAUGAAUUGGCUGGAGCUAAGUGGUUUACCAAGUUGGACUUUAGAGCAGGGUAUCACCAGAUUUGCAUUGAGCCAGCAGAUACUCAUAAAACAGCAUUUAAGACUCAUCAUGGGUUGUUUGAGUUCUUGGUUAUGCCGUUUGGGCUCACCAAUGCUCCAGCAACGUUCCAGAGUAUUAUGAAUAUCAUUUUUGCUGCCUUACUGAGAAAGGGUUUGCUGGUUUUUAUGGAUGAUAUACUCAUCUAUACCAAGACUCUAUCUGAACACCUCAACUUGUUGCAGCAGGUGUUUCAGAUUUUGAGAGAUCAGAGGUUUUAUAUCAAGCUGUCAAAGUGUGCUUUUGCACAGCAGGAGGUGGAGUACUUGGGUCAUAUCAUAUCUGCAGAUGGGGUGGCCACUGAAGCAACAAAGGUAAAGGCAGUAGAACAAUGGCCAAUACCAGACAAUCUUAAGGAAUUGAGAGGAUUCUUGGGGCUAACUGGAUAUUACAGGAAAUUCAUUAGGCAUUAUGGCAUCAUCAGCAGACCCCUAUCUGACUUGUUGAAAAAGAAUGUUCCUUUUGUCUGGACAGAGCAGGCUGAGAUAGCCUUUCAGCAACUCAAGUCAGCAUUGGUGCAAGCUCCUGUUCUUGCUAUACCAGACUUUUCCAAACAGUUUGUGUUGGAGACCGAUGCAAGUGAUGUGGGUUUUGGCGCAGUCCUGAUGCAGGAAGGGCAUCCUGUAGCUUAUUUAAGCAAGGCGGUGUGUGCCAAGAAUAGGUCCUUGUCCACUUAUGAAAAGGAGUGUAUGGCUAUCAUCAUGGCUGUUGAGAAGUGGAGGCCCUAUCUACAACACAAGCUGUUUGUGAUCAAAACUGACCAUAGAAGCUUACUGCACCUUUCUGAUCAAAGGAUUACCACUAAGCUGCAGGAAAAGGCUCUAUUCAAACUAAUGGACUUGCAGUUCCAGAUUGUGUAUAGUGACCAGCAGCUUCAUUCAGAGGACCUAGAGCAGUGGUUGACAGAACGGAAUCUGUUGAAUGAUCUGUUACAACAUCAUCUUCAUCGUGCCCAGCAACGAAUGAAACAUCAGGCUGACAAGCACAGGAGUGAGCGGGAGUUCGCAGUCGGUGACAUGGUGUAUCUGCGCUUACAGCCAUACAUUCAGUCGUCCGUUGCUCCAAGAUCGAAUCAGAAGCUUAGUUUCAGAUUCUUUGGACCCUUCCAGAUUGUAGCCAGGGUUGGUGCAGUGGCAUAUAAACUGAAUCUACCUGAUGAAUGUCGUAUUCAUCCAGUGGUUCAUGUGUCUCAGCUCAAGCGGUUUGUUCCACCAACGACGGUGGUGGAAUCGGAUUUGAGUGCGUUGCCGGCGGACCCAGAGGAAGCAGUGUUCCCCAUUCAGUUGCUCUCCUCCAGGAUGAUUCAGAAGGGUGCUUCUUCAAUUACUCAGGUCAAGGUUCACUGGACAUCUCUACCGUCUUCGCUGGCGACCUGGGAGGAGCUUCAUGAUCUUCGUCGCAGGUUCCCAGCAUGUGCAGCUUGGGGUCAAGCUGCGUUUCAAGGGGGAAGGAAUGUCAGCAACCAGAAGGCUACCCGGGCCACAUCUAUUGGUGGCUGA